AUGGCAGAAGUUCCACCUGCAGUGGUGGAGAUCACCCCUACUUUUGCUUUGUCCUUCAAUGGUUCAAAGCCUGUUGCCAUCCCUCCCAGCUUUAUUGUGAAGGACAUCAAUGACCAGAACUACUUGAAGAUUCAGGGCAGCUCCCCUUUGAUUUCCAGGUUGAUUUGCGGAUGCACUCUGAAAAGCCAUUCCUUCUCCAAUUCCACCACUUUCAAUGAGUUGAAGCAGAAGAGGAACCACAAGCUCAUGAGCAAUGGUCAGAAGAAGCUCAAGACUGAACAGGUGGUUGAAAUCACCAUUGGCUCCACCAAUGUAUCCAUCCUGUGCCCUGGGAAGAGAUCUGCAUCAGCAGAUCUUUUGGUCUUGAUGGACCAGGAUCAGCUGAGUUGUGUCUUUGACUUUUUGAAGACUGAUUGCAAGGACAAUGGCAAAGCCAAAAGGUCUUACAAAAAGGGUGGCAAAAAGCACCAAAAAGAUGAAGAAGCAGACUAG